AUGAAUCACCUCACCCUCCUUUUCUGGACAGUGGUCUGUGGAUCCUUAACAGGAACCAGCAGUCAGGUGACUGUGACUCAGACACCAGUAGUGUCCUUUAAUCCAGGAACCACAGUCACUCUGACCUGUAAAACAAACCCUGCGGUGUACAGCAAUUGGCUACACUGGUACCAACAGAAACCUGGAGAAGCCCCCAAGCUCAUCAUACGCUAUAUAAGUACCCUAGUAUCACCAACACCAGCUCGAUUUAGUGGCAGUGGAAGCAGCACUGACUUCUCUCUGACCAUCAACGGCGCCCAGCGUGAAGAUGCAGCAGUUUAUCACUGUCAGAGUGGCCACUAUCCUAACAGUGUCUAUGUGUUCACACAAAAAAGUGUCCUUGUACUUACAGUCAACGAUGAGUUUGGUGCCUCCACCAAAAGAACCAGCAGUCAGGUGACUGUGACUCAGACACCAGUAGUGUCCUUUAAUCCAGGAACCACAGUCACUCUGACCUGUAAAAUAAACCCAGCGGUUUACAGAGACAGUGAUGGAGAUAAUAUGUUCUGGUACCAACAGAAACCUGGAGAAGCCCCCAAGCUCUUCAUAAAAUAUACAACCCAACUUGUAUCACCAACACCAGCUCGGUUUAGUGGCAGUGGAAGCAGCACUGACUUCUCUCUGACCAUCAACGGCGCCCAGCGUGAAGAUGCAGCAGUUUAUCACUGUCAGAGUCUCCACUAUCCUAACAGUGUCUGGGCGUUCACACAGUGA